AAACUUGCUUUGAUCCAAUCCAACCAUCGUUUUCUUCGAGAUUCACACAGUGAUGGCGUUUUGGAAGCUGAGCUCAGGAGACGCCACGGGAUUCAAGUUCCUAUUCUCAAUCGCUUUCCUCUACGCUCUAAUGGUAUCGAUUGCUUAUUGCGUCCUCCAUAUGAAACACAUCUCCCCGCUUCCCUUUGACGCGCCUCUGGAUCGAUUCUCGGAAGCUAGAGCCGUUGAACACAUCCGCGUAUUGGCUGAGGAGAUCGACGGUCGUCAGGAGGGACGUCCUGGACUUAGAGAAGCUGCAACGUACAUUAAAUCUCAGUUGGAGAUGGUGAAGGAGAGAGCUGGGCCUAAUUUAAGGGUUGAGGUGGAGGAGACACAGGUGGAUGGCUCCUUUAGCAUGAUGUUUCUUGGCCACAGCAUUUCAUUGGGAUACAGAAACCAUACUAAUAUACUUAUGCGUAUUUCGUCGAUGCAUUCUCUUGACACGGAUGCAUCUGUAUUGAUGAAUGCACAUUAUGACAGUCCUGUUAACUCCCCUGGAGCUGGUGACUGUGGGUCAUGUGUAGCAUCACUACUUGAAGUAGCUAGACUGGUAGUGGAUUCAGGUUGGGCCCCGCCUCAACCUAUAAUCUUUCUAUUUAAUGGUGCUGAAGAGCUUUUUAUGCUGGGCUCACACGGCUUCAUGACGCAGCAUAAGUUGAAAGACACCAUUGGAGCUUUUGUAAACGUGGAAGCUUCUGGGACAGGGGGUGUCGAUCUGGUCUGCCAAUCCGGACCUGGAUCGUGGCCUUCCAAUGUCUACUCUCAAGCAGCAGUAUAUCCAAUGGCGCAGAGUUCUGCACAGGAUGUUUUCCCUGUAAUUCCCGGAGACACCGAUUACAGAAUGUUUUCAGAUGAUUAUGGCGACAUUCCCGGGCUAGACAUAAUCUUUCUUCGAGGCGGUUACUACUACCAUACUUCCUUUGAUACAGUUGACAGAAUAUUACCUGGAAGCAUGCAAGCACGUGGAGAAAACUUAAUCAGUGUACUUAAAGCCUUCACGAGUUCUUCUAAGCUGAAGGUUGCUAGUGAAAGAAAGUCGCUUGACAUGGAUGCUAACAAGGACAUGGUUGAAAGAGCUGUUUUCUUUGAUUACUUAACACUGUUCAUGGUGUAUUAUCCAAGAAGAGUUGCCAUGGUACUUCACAACUUUCCAGCUGCGUUGUUCUUUUUUGCUCCUUUCUUCCUGUAUAUGCGGGACCCUGAGAUACACCCGUUGUUAUCAAUCUUCUGGGCAUUUUUGAAAGGAGUUAUACACCAUACCGCUGGGAUUUUACUUGGUGUCAUAUUCCCCGUUCUCUUUUCAGUCAUCAGAUUGUUCUUUGCUUUUCCCAUGAGCUGGUUUGCUCAUUUAUACUUAGCUUUCUUGAUGUUCAUCCCCUGCUCAUUUUUCGGUCUUUUACUUCCGAUAACUAUCUCUGAUCGUGUCGCACAUUGUCAAGGUGUUUCAUCUAAGAAGAUUAUGAAAGUUGAAACACGUGUUGAAGCGAGGUUUUGGGGAGCAUUUGGGCUCUACGCUUUUGUAACUUCGGCACAUUUCUUCGCUGGAUUAAAUGGAGGAUUCUUGACAUUUGUAAUUUGCAUUUCUAUGCUACUUGGGUGGAUUGUUUUCUGUUUAUCUGUCAAGUCCUAUGGCCAUGAUUCGUUCAAGUCUCCCAUGUUUUAUGUGAUAGCACUGGUUCCGUGCCUUCUGUAUUCCGUGUAUUUUUGUGGUAUUCUUGCACUACUUCUGAUUGAGAAGACAGGAAUGAUGGGAGCAGUUCCACCACCUUAUGGUUUUUAUCUUGCAGAUGUAGCAGUAGCUGCAGUCAUUGGAGCUGUCACUGGCUUGUGUGUGGGCCCAAUAAUACCAAUCUGUAGUGGUUGGCUAGCCAAAGCUUCGAUCUUGAAAUUCUUGCUGCACUUCACUGUGGUUAUGUUGGCGGUAUCGUCACAGUUAUUUCCUUAUAGCAAAGAUGCACCGAAGAGAGUUGUACUGCAACACACAUUCUUCUCUGCGGGUGGAAAUGAAAUCACAGGUUCAAGUUACGAUUUAGCGGUCAUUGAUUCAAAUUCCAUGGAGUUCAUUUUUAAACAUGCUCCGGAGGUGGCUGAGGAACUUCAUGCUGGCCCUUCUUUUUCAUUGGGCAACACUGAAGUGUCUCCUCAAGAAGCUUGGCUGGCACUUUUCCCUAUAUCCUGCGUGGUAACAACAAAUGGGAGGUUCCCUGCCAAACCCAACAAGAUUUUGGAACGAUAUAGCCAAUUACCGCAUUUAAAAACUCAUAAACCGCCAACAACAUUUGAUAAUGGAACUCGUAGGGUUUAUCUGGAACUCUCUCUGGGCUCGUUGGAAGAGAUCUGGGUCUCGGUUCUGAACGUAACCGGGCCACUAUCAGGAUGGUCUUUUGCAGAUGGCAAACCUCCAGGUCAGACACAAAGACCUCUCUCCCUUUUUCUUUCUCUUUCCAAUUCAUUUACUAAAAAGCCAUCAAGCCGAAAUGGUCUUAUCAUUGCAGCUCCUGAACACCCUUCGGGUGGGCCUCCGUCUUACAUACUGAGACUGAGUGGCAACAGCAGUGAGAAGUGGAUCUUCUGGUUAGAGGCUAAUAGCAAAGAAGAAUUGAGAGUAGACUUGGCUGUUCUUGAUCAACGACUUGACGAAGAAACUACACGUUUGAAAAGUUUGUUCCCUGGUUGGUCUGAUGUCAUUGCCUACAGUAGCUUUCUUUCUUCUUACUCUUUCUAGUCUCUUUUUUUUUUGAAGCUCUCUUUUUAGUCUCCCCACUUUGUUUUUUUCGUUUCCUUGUAGAAUAAUAAUAACCCCUUCUUAGCACGAAGUAGGGUUCAAUGUUUUUCUUAUUUAUUUAUAUAAAAGAUAUUUAUGAUUUUUAAUAACAUAUAGUCCAGCAACAAUUCAAC